AUGGGGAGCGCAGGGAAGGUGGUUACCUUCUUCAACAGGAGGCAGAGUCUCUUCCCUAACUACAAAGUAGGAGACCCUGGUUUGAACAGGAGGCCGUCAGAGAUUGUUUACCCAUUGGCUAAAGAGAGCUGUGUGAAGACCUGGAACUCUCUGCAAGAGCUGAGCAGGGACAUCUACGACAUCUACGCUGAGUACGAAGAGGAGUAUGAAGAUGGAUAUGCUCAAACAAAACAAAUCUCACCGUCCAAGAGAAACUACAUGAUCAACAUCAACGUGGGAGGGAAAUCCUACCAAAUAGCUUACAGGAUGGCAGCCAAGUACCCCAAGACUAGAAUAGGGAGGCUGGCCACCUACACUGACCACAAUAUGAAACUUGACCUUUGCGAUGACUACAUUGUGACCAAAAACGAGUACUUUUUUGACAGAGAUCCAGAUGUUUUCCACUGCAUCUUUAACUUCUACAGGACUGGCGUUUUGUGGAUCAAGGAUGAGCUAUGCCCACGUAACUUUCUGGAAGAGAUCAACUACUGGGGUGUGCGAAUCAAAAACACCAACCGCUGCUGUCGGAUUUCUUUUGAGGAGAGACAGGAUGAACUGAACGAACAGCUGAAAAUUCAAAGAGAGCUGGAGGCGGAGGUAGAAAUUGAGGAGGAUGAGGAGCUGUUUCAAGACAUGUUCAUUGGCCGACAGAGACGAGCCAUCUGGAACCUUAUGGAGAAGCCAUUUUCAUCUGUGAAGGCCAAACUCAUGGCUGUUGCUUCCAGUCUGUUUGUCCUAAUCUCACUUGUGGCCAUGACUUUGAAUACAGUUGAAGAGAUGCAGUACAGGACUCCCAGUGGUCAACUUAGUGGCAAGACCUAUUGGGAAUAUGUAGAGUCCAUGUGCAUUACGUUUUUCACUAUGGAGUAUAUACUGCGUCUAGUUUCCACCCCAGACCUCAAAUCAUUCAGCAGAAGUGUUCUCAAUACAGUGGACCUUAUCGCUAUAUUACCCACCCAUCUCCAAGGCAUUCUGGAGUUUUUUGACAGCAGUGGAAACUAUGUGAAGCAUGAGGCGGACAUGCAGGCUGUGGGACAAGUGGGAAAGCUUGGGCAAGUGCUGAGAAUAAUGAGACUAAUGCGUAUAUUUCGUAUUUUAAAACUGGCCAGACACUCCACAGGGCUGAGGGCCUUUGGAUUCACUCUUCGCCAGUGUUACCAGCAAGUGGGCUGCCUCUUUCUCUUUAUAGCAAUGGGAAUAUUCAGUUUCUCGGCCAUGGUUUACACUGUAGAGCACGAUAUGCCGCAAACAAACUUCACCAGUAUACCUCAUGCAUGGUGGUGGGCAGCGGUGAGCAUCUCCACAGUGGGCUAUGGCGACGUGUAUCCCGAGACCAUACUGGGACGAAUCUUUGCUUUCAUCUGCAUUGCUUUUGGGAUCAUCCUUAACGGUCUGCCCAUCUCAAUCCUCUUCAACAAAUUCUCUGACUACUACUCCAAGCUCAAGUCCAACCAGUACACAGCCUUUCAGAAGAAACGUGGUAAAAUUAGAUUUGUUAAUAGGACAGUGAAAUCAAUCAGCAAUGUCCUGGGAAACCCACAAUAG